AUGGCGCUCACGUUUUACAGUUUAUUGGAAGCUUGUCUUUUAAUGGUUAAUGCUGUCGCUGUGCUUCAUGAAGAACGUUUUCUAGCUAAAGGUAUUUGUAGAUAUUAUCUUAUCCAAUUGUUAGUCUGUAUCUCGGUUUAUCUUUCUUUCAUCAUCCAUGAAAUUAUUGAAAUGGGAAUUUUCUCUGCUCGUGUUUAAAAUUACCGCUGGAACACCGAUAACACAGGGAAAAUGUACACUGUACAUGUAGUCUCAAUUUACAUGUGAAGUAGAAAUAAUGGUAUUUACAAAUACCGGCUGGAAGGUGCAUGAAAUGUAAUGCUAAACAGGAUACAGAGUUUCACAGAGAUCAGCUGGAAUAGGCCACUUGCACUAAGAGGUCACGUGACCAAUGCUUUCUUUAAAGAAUGAGUGGGAAUCUUGCUGAUGCCAAAAAUUGACAGAGCACAUAAAAAUUGUCUUACACCCGAAAUUUGAGAGGAAACGCAUUUAAUAGAGAUAUUUUAUGGCACUUUGGUUUUUCAACAAAGUAGUAUCAUUUGUAUUGGCCGCCAUUUUUAUAGAGGGCAUACUCUUGCCCUCCAACAUGGCGGCCAAAACUACUUUUUGCUUGUAUCUUGUUAAACGUUUGAUAAUUAUGCACAGAUAUGCUGAAAACGUUACCACAUGAUCUUUUCAACAAUUUCCUUGAAGUUUAAGUGCAAAAUUUUUGUUCAGAAAGAGGUAAUUCAUAGAUUUAAAAAUCACAUAUUGGUCACGUGACCAGCUACGAAGUUACUUCGUUUUAAGAAAAUGGUGCUGGUUUGGCAAACAAAAUCACUAUUAUUUUGUUCAAGAUAUGACCCACUAAUGGUUUUUUGAAGGAAAAAUCAUAUAACUUUCAUUUUCAUAAAAAUGAUGUGACAUGAACUCUUAGUGCAAAAUAAUGGCCUAUUUGUGAAUAAUUUUUCUAUUCAUUCUAGAUAAAGAUUUUCUUACUCAGUGUUCUAUUGGACUGAGCUAAACGAAAUUGUGUGGGAUGCGCUAAUUUUCUUCAGACUGUCUUCAUUACUGGUCAGUCUGAAUCUUUUCUUAGGGUGAGAGAGGUUUUUAAACCAACUAUACAAUGUAUGUUUAAAGCAGAGGCAUGCUUUGCACUCCCCAAGGAAAAUGACCCCAUUGUACUUAAAUGUGGAUAAGGUCUCCCUUUUACAUUUUUUUGUCAAAAUUUAAAAUGGAUAUAAUAUAACUACAGUGGAGCAAACAGCGUGCAAAGAAAGUAGUGUCUGAUAGCCCGGGGCUAGUGGAUUUUGCUAUCGGGCUAGUGAAAUCUGUUUUUAACUUGCUCGACGGGCAAGUGAUGUUCUUUGAGGAAUUUGAAUAACAGAAAAAGUGUGAAAUCAAUUCUGCUCGACGAAAAGCUUUUGGGGCUAGUUAAAAUGACAUCUGGGCUAGUAAAUGCUAGCUUCAGCUUGCCCGAAUGGCAAGCUGUAAAAAUGAUUUUCUUUGCACCCUGGCAAACUUAAUGCAGAGUGGCCACUGUACCACAAUGUAAGUUUGUGCAUUGCAAGUUGACAGUCUUGAAUCAAUCCUUGAAACUCAAGUCUAGUCUUUUCAAACUUGUCAGCAAAACAGGAAAAUCAGGGUCUUAUGUAGUGAGAACAAGGAAGAGGCGCAUAGGUAGACAUAGUGUUGAAAAUAGUGCAACAUUUCUUGAAAUCUCCAUAAGUAAAGCAUAAUCUACGCAUAGCUGUACCCUCCCAUGUGGAGAAAAUGCAGGGCAUAGGGGGUGGGGGGUAUGGCUUAUAAACCGCAGAUGAUUGACUUGACACUUGAAACUUCUGUAACCUAUAACUGUGAACAGGCACUUAAGAAGUGAAAUCUAUUUGUGUUAUACAAAUGAUGUUAGAGAGGAAGGAAACAGCUUCAUGGCAUCCAGCUCUUCAAUGGUUUGUUGUAAGCACUUACCACUUAUGGGCAUCAACAGUUCGCACUUUUCUCUGUGCGAGGGUUUUGUUUGCACAAUGAGAAAUUCUUCUACCUGUCAACUCUAAUUGAUUGGUCCUUUACACAAGUCAUGCAUGUAUUAUACUUAGUGAGUGUUUCUCCACUGUUUUAUCCUGUAGUGUAUGUAAAUAUUGUGUUUAUUCUUAACUUUAUUGUCCCUCUAGUGGGUUGGGGAACUGACCAGCUGACCGGAUUUGGAGAAGAGAGAGGGACCAAGCAUCAAGUUAUUAAUCUAAUACACUCUGUUAGGACUGUCAUGAGAAGUAAGUUUACCUCUUUAAGCCCUAAGCAUGAACAUCGAUAUAACAAAGGGCCAAGAGGCUGGCAAAAUUUAUUCUCUAUUAAAAGAGGUUUUGUUAUAUUGAGGUUCUUUUUCAUAUGUUUUAUUAUCAUUGGGUUGAAAAAAUAAAAUAUUGUUUGUUAUACCAAGGACUUUGUUAUAAAGAAGUUCGUUAAAUCAAGGUUUCUCUGUUCAGCCCAACUUCCAUGUGCAACCACCCCUCCUAAGCCACCACCUCCUACACUGUACAACCAACCAGUUAACCAAAAAAUUAAAUAUUUUCUCAGUCACAGCCCUAUAGUUGGAACCACAAAAUUAAUGACCACCUCUCAUAAGUGUCCACGACCACUUUUAAAAAUGACAGUUUUGGAGUUUUCCAUUGCUUUUAACCUCUUCCACUUGUAUUUUAGUGACCACCUGAUGUAAUGGUCUGAUCUCUUUUUUCACUGUAUGUACUACACUACUCAGAGUAUGAGGGUUUACCUAUAUCUUAAUAUAUAUUUUCAAAAACCUAGAAAUCGCAUGUAACAUUCCCUUCAAACAGUAGAUGAAUCUGCACUUCACCUGAAAUUUGACUCUUGUAAGCAAAACUACAUGUAAGUCUUAAUGCAUUUUGGGCGGUUGCUUAUGGUAGGUUUGACGGUGUUUUCUACUUUAUUAUUAUUGUUAUUAUCAUUGUCAUAAUUAUUAUCAAUGAAUGUGACUUUGAGCCAUGUUGACUGCAAUAGUUUGUUAGUUGUUGUUUGAAUGUUAAGUUUCUCUAUCUUUCCUGUUUCAGUUCCUCUUAUACUGUUAAACUCUCUGACAAUACUGUUGCUGCUGCUGAUGGGAUAAGCUCAUACAAAAACUAAAAAUUAUAAACAUUCCUGCUCACUGAAGAUGCUCUGGAUUGCAACUGGAUUGAAUUGUACAGUCCUCUUGAGAUGGGGAUAAAUCAAGGUCAAGACAACAUAUGAACUGUAAAACCAUUGCUACAGUUGGCUGUUUUGGAUCAAGUACUGUGUCAGUGACACCAACCAAAGUGGUUUAUUGCACAUCUCUGCUUUUCAAACCAUUUUCUUUUUCAUACUGUGUUAAUUAGGAUUAUGAAUUAGGGUCAUUGGUCAGGGCUGCAUUGUUCCAAAGAUGUUUGGAGCAAACCCAGCAUGGAAUUUUUAUAUGACAGUACUGAAUCGGUAUUGAAUAAGUGCCGCCCUUGAAUACAAAUGUACAUGUGACGCAACCACCCUAUAAAGAAGCAAUGACUUCAAAUUAGGGCUGCAUUUGAGGCACAAAGACUUUUUUCCAGUAAAUACGGUAACCAUAAUUUUGUAGAAAUUGGCCCAGAAGUGAACCGUUUACUACAGUUUCAGCUGAUAGUUUAUGGUUGAACCUUGUACAAUGUCAUGCCUCCAUUUACCUAAACUAGGAUAAGAAAGUGGGUAUCUUACUACUUGUUGAUUUUAAGGGUCUAGAAUAAAGGAUGC